CUUCAACGCGUUUCUGUUCCGCUGGAGCGGAGAUGUUCGGACACGUUGAAAAGUUACUCGCCGGCUUGAGAAAUCUCUCAGUCGUUUCUCGGUCGCCUUGUAGUUCGGAGCGUGAAGUCAGAAGAGAAUUACCGUUUCUCAAAUUCACGAUGAAACCCGAAGCCAUCUGGUUAUUACGGGCUAUAUUGACUUUACUUCUUGGGGGCUCGACGAGCAUUGAAAAAUUAAAAAACAUAUAUUCAUGGAAGGCUUUGGAAUUCGCCUUCCCAAGCGAGCAUGCUAAAGAACUUGCCAUACAGGAGGGCCGCUUCAUUCUUGGAGCACCGGUACCACUUGACAUGGAUUUUUAUCAUAGAGCUAAACACGGAUCCAUUGUAUUCAUCUCGAUACCAAGAUUCCAAACCGGAGUGCCUGUCACCCUCGGUUACGUCACGGAUCAUGUUUCUCCCGAGGGAAAUCCAAUAAUUGCGCCUUAUCCAAAUUGGGAAUGGAACAGACUAGGAAACUGUGACGCGAUCACCAGUGUAUUCAGAAUGCAGGUGGACUCGUGCGAUAGAUUGUGGGUUCUGGACACCGGCAAAAUCGAAGACCGACAGAUCUGUCGUCCUCAACUGCUGUCAUUCUCGCUAAAAACGAACAAGCUCCUGAGUCAGUACAAGUUCCCCAAGGAACAGUUCAAGGACGAGUCCCUGUUCGUCACGCUCGCGGUUGACAUCCGCGACAGCGAGAAAUGUCGCGAGACCUUCGUCUACGUCGCCGAUGUGACCGGAUUCGGACUGCUCGUCUACGAUCAUCGCAAUUCUCACUCAUGGAGAAUCACCAACAAUCUUUUUUAUCCUUACCCGCCCUACGGCACGUAUCACAUCAAGGGGGAGACGUUCGAUCUGAUGGACGGCAUUCUGGGACUCGCGCUGAGUCCUGUCAAACAGGACGGCGACCGGAUCUUGUAUUUCCACUCCUUGGCCAGCAGAGUUGAAAGUUGGGUACCCACUUCCGUUAUCAGAAAUCAUAGCCUCUUUCGAGAGCACUCCGACGCUGAACCAAGGUCAUUCCGUCCAUUCACUAUGGAAAGAUCAUCGCAAUCAGCUGCUCAAGCCAUGGAUCAGAACGGAGUCCUUUUCUUCGGUCUUCUAUCAGAUUUAGCUAUUGGAUGCUGGAAUAGUUUGACUCAUCCCGAAUAUGGUGGUACCAAUGUUGAAAUCGUUGUAGUUAAUCCCGACACUUUGCAAUUCCCGUCUGGACUAAAGGUCAUCACCGCGAAAAACGGCCGCCAGGAGCUGUGGGUGAUCACGUCGUCGUUCCAGAAGUACAUGACCGCGACGAUGAACGCGAACGAGACCAACUUCCGGAUACAGGCCGGUUACGUGGACGAGCUGGUUCGCGGUACCAAGUGUAACGGUGGUCUUGACCGCAAUCGCGCUUACGAGACGACGCUGUUCACCAAAUGAAGAUCGUGGCACCGCGAGGAGUUCGAUGAUUCGCUUUCUCGCGCGGUGGCGUCGACCGUCCGGUGGCAGAAGUACCCCAACUUCUUCGCAGAAUAUCAUCACCAACCAUCAUCACCGUCGUAUCAAUCUGCGAGAUUGUUCUCCAAACCAUUCCGUCCUCCCUGGAUCGCGAGACCCAUCCACCCUCGACCUCGAGUCGAAUACACCAUCAUUAUCGAUUAUGAAUGAAAAAUGCGCGACACUAGAUACCUCGAUAUUCCUCGAAAAGCCAUCAAUAAGCUACUCGUGGUGCCAAUGAAACUACUACUAUACUCUAUACUUGUUGUUUAUCCCUGAUAUGUUCUUUACUAAGAAUCUAAUAAGUUCCAUUACCGUUUCUAUAUAAUAAAUGUUCUCUUGUGUUUAUUAAAAAUAGUGGAUACAGUAAGUAUCGGACUGCAAGUGUGUGUUUUCAACUUCAUGCCUCAUUAUUGCGUAUCAUAUUCUAUGCAUAUUCCAGUAUUUAAUUCAAUAAAAACACUUGCCAAUUGUGCAAAGAAUAUCUGCAUAUGUGAUGUACGUUGAAACUGGAAGUUUCGCAUUUAAUAAUUAUAAUUAUAUUGUAAUAAAUUUAUUUUCAAUAUUAUCUA